AUGACCAAUCAACAACGUGGUGUCCAAUAUGAUCGAUGUCUCGGCGAUAUUCGCUAUUCCUUGGCAACAUGGAAAAGAGAGUUGCAUCUUCUGCGUGGGUUCUAUUUGAGCGCUGCCCGUGAAGCUGGAGCAGUUUCUACAGCUCAGCCACAGACCUUGACGGCAGAUGAGGUGCUAGAUACGCUGCAGCCUGCGACCGUUGACAGCCUCAUUGAUCAUACUCCACUGGGUGCUAUGGCCUAUCAGUUUCAUGACAGCAAGCAACCUGCUGGAUUCACGCGCAGACUGCUGGAUGCCUUGAUCGAGUUUGAUCAGCCGGAUGGCGAUGUUUGGAUGAUCACCGAUGUCGAGUUGCGCUGUCUUCUUGCCAAUGAGGAGCAUUUUGGCUUCCCGGUGUGGAACUCCUCCAGCAAAGGCUGGGAGUUUCGCGCCUAUUCUUUGCACUUUGAACGCUAUUGCGCGCAUCCUGAAGGUCAUCUCUGGCAAACGCGAGCGAGAGCGGUGGCACGUUUGCUCGACUUCACCAGAAGGCGAGCGGCGCGAAAGGCCGCGGACUUCAGCCGUCCCUUCUGA